CGUCACCAAGAAAAUGGCAGCUUACAUGAGCCGGUUACACCAUAUUUCAUUGCAUGUGUCAAACGUGAAUAAAAUAGCCUAUGACCUUGUGUCCAAAUUUAAGUUCGAUUUCUUCGCAGCCAGGUUAACUGAGAAAACUGGACAGUUUGCUUUUCGGAGAGGGUCGGCGGUGUUUCUUGUGAAUGAGAAGUCUCCAGUAGGACAUGAGUUGAAUGAGCGAGGUGGUCACCGUGAGUUGUCUUGCGUGUCUUCUUUUCACGAUUUGACUGAUAAUCGUGUGAGGAUUGGAGACAAAACCUCAGAAUUUAACGAACUGAGUUUCCUCUACGACCACAACUCAGAUUAUUCCGUCAACACCGCGUGCAAUGUCUGUUUCGAAGUAGAAAAUGUUGAGAGGUCAUUCAAUGCGCUUCACGACCAAGGCUGUCAAAUACUUGUGUCUCCAAAGACCGUGCAUGAUGAUAACGGAUGUGUUACUUACUUCAUCAUCAAAUCUAUCGUUGGAAAUGUCUGUCACACUCUAUUGGACAGGUCGAAGUACCAUGGCAGUUUCUUGCCACAGUUUGAUGAACUUGAAACCACUAAAUUGCACGACGUGAAUGACACGCAAUGUUCAAUCACUCAUUUUGAUCACAUCACCUACGCUUGUCCCAGACGGAGCACGGCUGAAGUGAUGAAGUGGUAUGAGAAACACUUCGGCUUCCAGAGAUUCCUUAUUGACAGCAAUGAAGAUAUGAAUGAGGGCUAUGUCCUUGAUCAAGAUGGUAUUGGACUUCGCCUUACUGCAAUGGAAUACUGGAAAUGCAGUGAAAUUGGAAUGAAACUGCCUUCUAACGACAAGGAGGAACCAGAUUGCAAGUUUGUGAUUGCAGAGUCAUUACCUGAACAAGGAAAGAAUCAAGUAGACACAUUUUUGGAACAGCACAGAGGUCCAGGCAUUCAGCACAUUGGACUUUACACCACUGAUAUAGUGCGGACAGCUCAAAUCAUGGCCCAAGCUGGAGUAGAGUUCUUCUCCCCUCCCCCUACAUACUAUACUGAGGUGGGGAAGCAGCAUGAAAUAGAGCGUGCAGGUUAUGACCCUCAGAUGCUGUUAGAACACGGCAUCCUUCUGGACACAGCCCUGGACAAGGAAGCCACGUCUCAGCCAUCCAGCGACCGAUACCUCCUUCAAGUGUUUACCAAGCCCAUUUUUGCUGAGGACACUUUUUUCCUGGAAUUGAUAGAGCGUCGUGGCGCCACAGGCUUUGGAGAAGGGAAUAUCAGAGCUUUGUGGAGAUCAGUACAAGCAUAUAUGGAGAAUGAGAAAGAGGAAACACAAAAAAACAAACCUGACCAUGUGUCUUUGAAGACUAGCGAAUGCUGACAUGCAUCAAACCUUAGAAUAAAUGCAAGAUAAUGGAUUAAUAUUGCAUUUGUGCUCUUUAGCUACAAAGCACUUAAGGUAAAAAUGACUCCCUUAAAAGUUAUAUUACAAACAACUAGUUAUUUAUUUGAGUUGUCCUAUGCAAAAGGCAUUUUGUUUUUAGCAGUGUUCCAGGUCUGUUUGUAAGAAUCGUUUAAGUAGUUGCUCUCAACAAAUAUAAUGGGCCCUAAUUUAAACGACAGGCAAAGUGCAAAGUCUAUCAACAAGCCAAGUCCUCCUAUAUUAACUAUAGAUAUUGUGUGCCAUGUGGUCGCAUUGAGCUGAUUCGUCCGUAUUUGCAGUGUUACAUUUUCAAAGUCAUUUAGCCAAUGUAUUAAAUUUAGUUAUACUUAAGACUUGGCACUUUGCCCAUAAUUCAAAUUUGGGCCCACUCUGUUGCUGUGGCAUUACAUGCUGUUACAUUGACCCUAUAGUUGAAUACACUGUUUGCAUUGCACUACUGAAUGCCCUAUUAACCUUCUAUUGGCGUUAUUUGUUUUAUACUUGUGUACAUGUUUUAUACUUUAACGCAAAUCCAGUUGUAAAAUGUUGGAUGCAAGGUUAUUUAAAUCUAUCUAUUAAUGCAAGGAACGUCUGUCUGUGUGUCAGUCUGUCUGUUCCACGCAUAACUCUCGAACCACUCAUCCAACUGCUCUCAAAUUGUGGGUGUCAUCCUAAUGGCACGAGUGUGUGCAGUGUCAAAUUUCAUGUUAUACGAACAAAAAAUGCCAUAUCUACGGGCUGCUCUAGUAAUACAAUAAUUGUAAAGUAGCAAAGUAACAAUGAAGUCUCAAUGACAGCAGAAGACCUAUUGUAAUGAGACAGAAGGAGCUUCAGCAGUUUGAACACAUUAACUUAAUAACGAUACGUUUUUACAAACACUAAGCUGCCUGCAUGUCUUGUUGAUUGCCCUGGGGUAAUCAGUUAUCAGUUAUGCCUGAACUGUUGCUGCCGCAGAGCAGUUGAGCAGUAGCUCAUUCCAGUUACUGAUGAAGGUUAAUUUAGUUAUUGCAUUCUGCAGUUAGUCCAUACUCACCUAAGUGUUUAUGUUUGUUACCUGGCAGACACUUUUGUCCAAAGCAACAGUUUAAAGUCAACUCAAAUAGCUUACAUUAAACAUAAUAAUCUUGACAGUCUUCACUCCUUAGUGUUAGUGAAACGAUGACACAUCAGGUGCUUGGAGGACCGCAGUGGUCGAGAAUGAAGUUUGUGAGGAAGUGUGAAGUAAGGUGUGAAUUAAGCUGAAUAGCUGCUUCUGAGAAUCACUGUGGCUGUAGCAAAACUUGUUCUUCAACCCCAUGAUUUCACUUGGUUUCUUAAAUCCAUAACCUAACUUAACUAAUGUUCAAACUACUUUGCAAUGUGAUGUGGAAUUGGGACUAUUGCAAGAAAAGCCUACUUGUUCACUGAUCAAACACUUAGAUUCAUACUGUAUGUGUUUUUAGAUUUGUUUGAUGAUGUUGCAGUAGGAUGUGUUUGUCUUGGCUUGCACACCUGAAAACAUAAAAUUGUCAGUGACAUGUUUGCUGAA